GAUAAGAAAUGCAGUACCCACUGAAAACCUACCAAAAACGUCAUGCUAUGAUGAAAAAAAAGGAUGCUCGUUUGAAAGAGAUUUCACUGGCAAGACUUCGCCGACGUGCAUGUCGGUCACCCAGAGUAAGUUAAUUUGACUACAUAGUGCAGCACUUAUAUGCUCAUGGUACAUACACCAUGGCUACAAGCAUGCAAUAAAUAAUGUCAACACUUUUUAAUGCAUUACAGCACGAAUCAAGCAAACAGACUGCGUCCUCCCCAUUGGAAGCAAAGGCGUUGCCCCAUGCACCUGUCAGGACGACCACCAUGGUAAAUUGGCUGCCUGCAACUUGUGCACACAUUGCUUAACCACUGGUUCCUUGGAAUUAAACUCUGUUUGACAUUGCAGGACAAUCUCGCAUCCCCUGACGGCUACAGCAUGGUCAAAAUAAGUGAAAAAGAAAAUAUGGUAAUUUCUCUUUGUAUAUGUAUGUGUUGUUGUAGUUCUGUUUACCUAGACGGCGGCAUGCUUUCUGCAUUUACUUCGUAAAAGCAUUGUAUCAUGUGACGUGUGAUGGGUGCACAUUAACUGCAACUUGUGUACACAUUGCUUAACCACUCGUUCCUUGGACUAAACUCUAUCCGACAUUGCAGGACGAUCUCCCAUCCCCUAGCAGUAUGGACCAAAGCCUUGAAAACACAAUAAGUGACAAGGACAUAGCAAAUAUGGUAAUUUAUUUUUCUAUAUCUUUGUGAUGUGGCAGCUGUCUUUACCUAGCCUGAAGCAUGCUUUCUGGAUUUACUUCGCGAAAGCAUUGUGGUGUGUGAUGGGAGAAAAUUAAUUGAUGCAAAAACCCCGGGUUUCCUACUUCCAACAUUGAAUUUAACACAUUGACGUGCCUUAUUGGAAUGACAAAAAAAAACAAAAGCUGCACCUCGCAUCAGUUAUGUCAGACAUUAUAACUCUUGAUUUUGUUUUGCGACAGGAAUGCACUUGCCAACCUGGCCCCCGGACAUUAAUGGGAGAAUAUUCCAGAGAAGAAAAAGAUGUGGCAAAUUUCCUCCUAGAAAUGGCUUCAGGGGCAAGGCUUACAGAAAGCAAGGCUGUCCAAGUGACAUCAGGUUCUUUUCCACAGAAGUUUGUGGACACUAUAAAUAAUAGCAAUGUAAAUACGUUCACAGGCCUGCCAUCAAUCGAUGUUCUGAAUGCUCUUGUGACGUGCUACAAAAAAAUUCAUUCACUUUCAGGACGGCACCAGUUAUGUGCAAAAGAAAGAAUUGCAUUGACAUUGGUGAAAUUGAAACAUAAUAUUUCCACUGCAUUCUUGAGUAACCUUUUUAACUGUUCCUUAACUACAUGUAGCAACAUAAUUGCAGAGACUGUUCAGCUGAUGUCUGAAAUUUUAAAGGUAACUGUGGCUGUGCCACCAAAAGAAGAUGUUGUUGAACAUUUGCCCAUCUGUUUUAAACACUUUAGUAAUGUGCGUGUCAUUGUAGAUUGCACCGAAAUUCCUAUUGGGCAGCCCAACUGUUUGCGAUGUGCAUUACAGACCUACUCCUUCUAUAAGAAAGGUUUCACGGUUAAAUAUAUGGUGACUGUUACACCAAGUGGCCUUAUUGCCCACAUGAGCCAAGGAUAUGGAGGCCGCACCUCAGAUAAGGCCGUUUUUGAGCAAAGCGGCCUCAUCAAGCAACUAGACCCAAUAUCAGAUGCCAUAAUGACAGACCGUGGCUUUCUUAUCGAUGACAUUUGUGCGGAUCACUUAAUUGAGUUAAUCAGGCCUCCAUUCAGAAAACAAAAGCAGAUGUCAAAGGGCGAUGCACUUAGGACACAGAAGAUAGCAUCAGCAAGAGUUCAUGUAGAGCGUGCUAUACAGCGAAUGAAAAUUUUCAAAGUGUUGUCAACAAGAAUCCCAUGGAGUAUGGUGGGACUACUUGACGACAUUGUUAUAAUAGCUGCAGGCAUCACAAACCUCUCAUCACCGAUUUUAGCAACACAUCGAUUUUUGUGAGUCCUGGAUCAAUAUAUUUCCCGAACAUAUGUGCAUCGUAAAAGUGGUUCGUGCUUUCCAUGCAAGGAAGUUUUAAAAACUUCACAGGAGUGGAAGUGCCAUGUUCCUUACCAGCAGAGGUGAAGCCAGCACUUGCCCUUAUUUUACACUUGAAAUAGACCUUUGUUGGGUUGUCCUCUUACAGAUCAAGUGGUUUGGCUCUGGUAAUGUAAUUGCGUGGCUAAUUAGAAACUAAAAGCAUGUUGUUCCUGUCAGAAGUAUCGUCUACCUCUGAGUAUUGAUUACAUUAUUUCUGAAACAAUUUACCAAGAAUUUCAGAUUUCAUCUUAAAACCAGUAACACUAUGAUACACGUCAGCCAGUCUCUGUAGCAAAAUAAGUCACGUUAAUGGGGUUGAGACAUCAAAUUUGUGGCUUGCGCGUUCUUUGUUUCAAACAUUUUCUUAUUGCUCUAGGAAGCAUGAUACAUGCUCGAAUAUUCUUAUAUUCUAAGUAAAUAAUUUAAUAUCGCAUUAUUUAUGUGAAAGAUUUUCAGUUUCGGUUUGUGGGCGCAGUGUUUGACAGUGAUGUCACUGUCUAGGAAGCUUGGUCACGUGGGUUCACCAA